AUGAAUAAAGGUUGUAUGUCCUUGUCUUUCUCCUGUGAGGAGGAUAGAAGAAACAUUCUUUGUGGUGGAUCCUGGGCAAUAGGAAAAUAUAUCAUCUACAUCCAGAAGUGGUACCCUAAUGCGGGAAGAGAAAAAAUAUUUCUGGUUCAGGUUUCGGUCUGGAUUAAACUCCCUGGGCUCCCAAUGGAAUACUGGGAGGAAGAUGUGCUUGCAGGAAUAACCAAUACCUUUGGGGAGCUUAUUGCUAUUGAUCAGGUCACGACAUCUAGAAGAAGGCUUAUUUAUGCUAGGAUUUGUGUAGGAGUUGGAACUGAUAAGAACAUGCCAGAGGAGAUAGAGAUAGAAUCUAAACUUGGGAAGUGGAGGCAGAAUAUUGUUUAUGAAUCAAUCCCUUUUGUCUACUUUCAUUGUAAAAAGCAAAGACAUUGGGCUAAAAAAUGCCCAAAUAAUGAGGUCAAAUCUCAUCCCCAAGCUAAGGUUUGGAAAAAAGUAGACAACUCUCUGAAAGCUUCGGAUUCUAAUAAUCUAGAUCAGGAAAAACAGUCUCGGGUUGGAAGGACAGAGGUAGAACUCAUCGGUGAAAUGGGAAAUGAAUUGAAGAAAGGAGAUAGUGAAAAAAUAGAUCAUCAGUUGAUGGAGCAGAGUGGCAAGGAUCAAAGGCAUGGAGAAAGAAAAUCUAAAGACAACAAACAAAAUGAGGAAUCAGAAGAGGAUAAGAUAGAGUUAAUCUCAGAUAAGUAUGAGA